AUGGAGCGACGAGAAGAUGAGCAACAAAAGCGUGACGAUUCCAGAUUCAAUCAGACUCUCAAGAACGUCCAAGGGUUUCUUAAAGGAAGGAGUAUUCCUGGUAAGGUUUUGUUAACUAGGAGACCWGAUCCUCCUCAAGACCCCAUCUCUCCGACAUAUCACCGGAGCUUGUCUGAGAAUGACGCCGGAAGAAACGAGCGUUUGGUGAAUCCCAUUGAGGUGGAAGAUCACAAUUCAAGUAAGAAACAUGAUAAUACAUAUGCUGGUAAGCUACGAUCAAAUUCUAGCGGUGAAAGGUUUGUGAAAGAAGUCCAAAACUUGAAGAUUGGUGUUAGAUCAAGUGACUCUGCAAGAGUUAUGAAGUUCAACAAAGUGCUUUCAGAAACCACUGUCAUUUUAGAGAAACUGCGCGAACUAGCGUGGAAUGGUGUGCCACACUAUAUGCGGCCCGAUGUCUGGCGGCUUCUCUUGGGAUAUGCACCACCUAAUUCAGAUAGAAGGGAGGCUGUUCUGAGAAGAAAACGUCUUGAAUAUCUUGAAUCUGUUGGCCAAUUUUAUGACCUUCCAGAAUCCGAACGUUCUAAUGAUGAGAUCAAUAUGCUUCGCCAGAUUGCUGUUGACUGUCCAAGGACUGUACCAGAUGUCAGUUUCUUUCAGCAAGCACAGGUGCAGAAAUCAUUGGAGCGUAUUCUUUACACGUGGGCCAUUAGGCAUCCAGCAAGUGGAUAUGUUCAGGGAAUAAAUGACCUGGUCACUCCCUUUCUAGUUAUUUUCUUGUCAGAAUAUCUAGAUGGCGGUGUAGACAGUUGGUCAAUGUCCGAUCUAUCUGCUGAAAAGGUAUCGGAUGUAGAAGCUGAUUGCUACUGGUGCUUAACAAAGCUACUUGAUGGUAUGCAAGAUCAUUACACCUUUGCUCAACCUGGAAUCCAGAGACUUGUGUUUAAGCUGAAGGAGUUGGUCAGGCGUAUUGAUGAACCUGUUUCAAGACACAUGGAGGAACAAGGACUGGAGUUUCUUCAGUUUGCAUUCCGGUGGUAUAACUGUCUUCUGAUACGUGAGAUCCCUUUCAGUCUCAUCAAUCGCCUAUGGGACACUUACCUUGCUGAAGGAGAUGCAUUGCCAGAUUUCCUGGUCUAUAUAUAUGCUAGCUUUCUCUUGACGUGGUCAGACGAGCUGAAGAAACUGGACUUUCAAGAGAUGGUAAUGUUCCUGCAACAUCUUCCGACGCAUAACUGGACAGACCAAGAGCUCGAAAUGGUUUUGUCAAGAGCUUACAUGUGGCACAGUAUGUUCAACAAUUCCCCAAACCAUUUGGCUAGCUGA